AGUCACUUCAUUGGUCGCGCGAUUGUCGUCCGGAAGCACGUUUUUCUACAACAUAUUAUUAAAUGAUGGUUAUUAUAUUAUAAUCUCAGGUUUUGUAUGAUGUAUUUUCGAAGCUGUAAAUUUUACUCCCACGUUCUUUCUUAGGUUAGUCCCCACCAUCUCUUACCCCACCCCUCAUGACGUAAUCGUGGUAUACAUCGACCGCGACCAACAGCGAGCACCCGCGCUCUUCUACCUGUCCGCCAUGUUGCAUUCCUACUAUGUCAGGGGAGGGGGGAGUUGACGUUUUGUAAGGGUGUAAAGCACUUUGUGACAAGAUGCGAGCGCGUGAACGGUGGUUAGCGUGUGGAAGGGUUGGCCUUACGAUACAGUAUUUGAAGAAGUGUUCUUUGUGCUGCUGAUGUGUGUCGAGAUUUACAGUGUUAUUCGGAUGUUCCCAGCACACAGUUCAUUAUCCAAGUGGGGUCACUUGAAGCUGCCCAUUCACAAUUAGGAUAAUGCACACGCCCGUGGGGACAAUGGAAUGUCCUCAGCAGGCGCAAGAUGACGGCACCGGCAGAGAUGACCAAGACAACUUUACGAACAGCAUAUUGUGCAUCAAAGAGGAAUUGGGGCAGUUGAGCCUCCAGUCUUCUUCACCCAAAGAGGAGCCUCCUCCAGAAGAGCCAUGUGAUGAUGAUGAUCAUGAUGACUCUACCAAGCAGUCUCCCUCCAGUCCUGGUGUCAGUGUUGACUAUCAGAACCCAUCAGCAGCUCAACAUGCUGGCUGGAUUGAUGGUCUCUUGGGCUGUCUUCGGCCAGUUUGGACCAUCAUCGGCAAGGCAGCUGCCAAUGAAAUCAAAGGACGUCAAGAUGACUGGGAGAUACCAUUUGAGACUAUCAGUGACCUGAAGUGGCUGGGUUCUGGGGCCCAAGGUGCCGUCUUCAGUGGCAAGCUUAAAGGAGAAGUGGUUGCUGUAAAGAAAGUGAGGGAGCAGAAGGAGACUGACAUUCGGAAUCUCAGGAAACUCAAUCACCCCAACAUUGUGCAGUUCAAGGGUGUGUGCACCCAAGCCCCUUGCUACUGCAUCAUCAUGGAAUACUGUCCAUAUGGCCCAUUAUACAAUCUACUCAAGGACGGUGAGGAAGUUCCACCACUGCGGCUUGUCAAUUGGGCAAAACAGAUUGCGUCUGGAAUGCACUACCUACACUCUCACAAGAUUAUUCAUCGUGAUCUCAAGAGCCCAAAUGUUCUAAUUGGUCGUGGAGAGAUUGUGAAAAUAAGUGAUUUUGGUACAAGUCGAGAAUGGAAUGAGAUUAGUAUCAAAAUGACCUUUGCGGGAACCGUAGCAUGGAUGGCUCCUGAAAUUAUACGUAAUGAACCAUGCUCAGAGAAAGUAGAUAUAUGGUCAUAUGGUGUUGUGCUGUGGGAACUCUUGACUUGUGAAACACCAUACAAAGAUGUAGAUUCUUCAGCCAUUAUGUUUGGAGUAGGGAAUUAUUCCCUGCAUCUUCCAAUCCCCACAACAUGUCCAGAAGGUUUCCGCUUGCUGGUAAAACAAUGUUGGAAUGCUAAGCCUCGAAACAGGCCUUCAUUCAAGAACAUCCUUAUCCACUUGGACAUCGCAGCUGUAGAAGUUCUGAACAAGUCACCUGAAGACUACCUCAGAACACAGGCAACAUGGAAACAGGAAAUAAGAUUACACAUGCAGCAGAUGCAGUCAAAUGGAACCCAUCUGCCAAAGUAUGAAGAAGACAUCAUUAAGAAGAGAAAUGAUGAACUGAAACAUGCUCAAGAUAUCAGGGAGCACUAUGAGCACAACUUAGACCGUGUCAAUGACAUGUACAUGGAGAUGAUAACGCGGUUACUGCAGGUAGAUCAGCAGAAACAGGAGCUAAUGGUGAAGUUACUUCAAGUGGAACAGCGAGAACAGGUGCUGAAAGUGAAGCAACGGCAGCUAGAGAAGUGGGAGCAGGAAUUACUCAAACGAGAGAAGAAGGUUGGAAUAAAGCACUCACUGCUGAAAGCUCAGAAGCAGUUGUGCAAGCACAACUCAUCUAGCAAUCGUUCCACCCCUACUUCACCUGAGAUGCAAACUAGUCCAGAGUCACCACAGAACUGGGCACAUGGGAACCCCAUCAUGGCAGCUUUAGUAUGCAACAGUGCAUCACAGCAGCCAGAGUCCAUAAUCACGACUACUGGAGGGGCAUCCUAUGAACAUCUUUUGAAACAACGUAGAUGUAGGCAGAGAAGUAGCUUCACAAAAUCCAGUCCAAAUCAAGACAAAAAGAAUGAGGCUAGUUCCAAACUGCAGAAUUUGGUGGAUGGGGAGACGCAGACUGAAAUGAUGGACAUCAGUGAAACUGACGCAAGUCCUAAUCCCUACUUUGCUGGCCGUCAGUUUAAUGUGACUGUGUCCCAGGCAGGCAUUGUGAAAGAGGUGGAGGAACGCAAAGUGAUUGAUAUAUCCCCAGGAACAGAGAGCUUGAAUGGGAAUAGCCUAAAGUGUGAUGAGGCUGAACUGCGGCUACGGCCUGACCCCUCGCUUGAUUCUGAACCAAAUAGCAAUUUAAGACUGUCUAUUCGUGAAAGUGAUGAUGAACAUUUGGAAAGCCUUGGAAGGAAAGUGAAUGAAAUAUUAAAUGGAAAUAGAGCAUCAGCACCACCUGCAAUUGAAACAACUGCCAAUAAUGGGAACCCUGAUGAUGUUAUUUCAAUACUAACAGGAUUAAAUCAUAGGGAGGGCCUUUGUAGUGAUGAAGAACUAGCCAGGAAAAUUGCGGCAGUUGGUAGAGGUGACCAGGAGCUGUCAGCCCAGUAUCGGGCUGUUAUUGUUUCUGCAGAUUCAGUUCGUUCAGUUUCAAAAUUGAGGCUGAGACAGGGAGAUAGUUCUGAAACCCUAGACUCUCAGGACUCAAGAGAUGAUAUGUGUGAAAGCUGGUCAGAUGAGGAAGAAGGAGAGUACCCAGUAGACAGCUGUGUACUUCACAGAGGAAGCUUUGCUCGGCGGCCUGUUGCACCACGAUGCAGGGUACGUCGACUGAAGAAAUCUGUAGCUGUCACAACUGAUGCUGCUGGGUCUGACGAAGAAAAUACUCCAGACUAUAGUCAUCCUCCUUCUAGUCAGUGCUCCACUCUGGAGAGCAACCCAGAUCUGCCUCAGAUGGUGCAAAGGCUAGGGCCUUUGGCAAAGAAAAGACCACAUUGUGACACCAAGGAAAAACAUGGAACUUCAACAGGCAGUUCAGACUCUGAAUCAGACGAUGUCAGUGAAAUGACUGUUGCAACUCAGCUUGGGAAAUCCCCGAAACUGGAAACUGUAGUAUGAUGAACAUGGACAUCUGGAUUUCAUUUGUAGUGAUAAUGACUUUGUUACGCAUAUGUAAGCCUUGUACAAUCGUUAGGCAUAUGGUUGAAUUGCCUCAACAGUAAUACAUAUGCAUAUAUUUUUAAAACACAAAUAUGAAGGAAUGAUGUUCCUGUGUGUUUAUUGUAGAGAGUUUUGUGGUAAAAAUUUUUACUGAAUAUUUAUGAUCAGUAUGGAGCAUUGAAAACCAGAUGCAAAUUGAAUGAUAAUAGCUGACACCACAGAGUGUCUUGCAACGAUUUAUUAAAGUAUGAGCAAGUGCAUUCAUUGCGUGUGAUUAAGGAAAUUCUGUGAAUGAUAAUGCUAAUAUUAAAGUAUGUUAAAGGGGUAUGUGCGAGGAACAAGCAAUAUUACAUUAUUCUAAUGGAAAGUAUAUAGUCAUCCAUGUGUUAAAGCAAAAUAUAUUUUGAAAAGCAAAUCCAAAUGCAGAUGUAAUUUGGAUUUUGAUAUAGGCACAAUUAGUCUCUAAAGUGUAACUGUCAUCCCCAGAUUUAGCAGGACUUAAACUUCAAAUUGGAGUGAUCUCACAUGGGUUGUGAAAAUCAACAUUCCUUGAACCGUUAUAUGCAACACAACAUUUGCAGUAGCUGUAUUAGUUUCUCCUCAGAUAACAUGUCUGUAGAGUGGAGAGUUUCAUACUAGUGCUAGUGGAGAAAUGCAAGUGGUUAGUUGUGCAUUUCUUCUGUAUGAGAUUUCACCAUCACAUACAGUUUAUUAUGUCUGCAUGAUCAUGAUAUAUUAACAGUUGGUGCAAUAUAACUACCAACAUGGUGGAGAGAAACUAGGUCAGUCAUUGGUUGUUAACCUGUAAAAGCCAUUCCCUCAUAAUGUCAUAUUUUGUUAUAAUUUAUUUUUUAUGAUUUUGUAUUUUAAGGGUAAAACUUCUAAAUGAAAGAGAAAGAAUUUUAUAAUAGUGAACUUAGACUUGUUAUUGAUUAGUGGCUGAUACUUGUAGCGCAGCACCGCAUUAAUUUGCUCGCCAGGAUUGUAUAUUGAAGGUCAAUUAUGUCUUCAUAAUGCUAUGAAUGUGAGAUUUAUGAUUGUAAAGACUUGUAAAACCAUUACCAUGACAGCCUAAACACUGUGCAAUUUUUUUUAGAAGUGUAUGUAUAGUGUUAUUUAUUUUUUCAGAACAUUAAUAACGAAGGCAUUUGGGAUUAAUGCACAAUCACUAAAUACAGUUUCUGAGAGUCAUGCAUUUAAAUGAGUUCAGAUUAUUUAAAUGGGAUCUGACAUCAUUUAUGUUAUAGUUAUUAUGAUAAACAUGUUGAUACCUGUUUUUACUAUGUUGUUAGACUGUGCUAGGCAGUGAAAUUGGAUGACAAGUACAAUUUUUACUUAUAUGUCCUUGGUACGAAACCCGUUUCCUAUGCAUGUUACUGGAAGGAUGGUCAUUAUAGCUUUUCUUAAUGACAGAAUUUUGUGUAUAUAGAUUUCUUUACAGCAGUCUUCAGUACAAGUUUCACUGUAUUCAUAUGAUAUCUGAAAGUUCAUACUAUUCUAUGUACCUGCCUUUGAAAAUUUUGUGUCAUUUUUGACAGAAAGGAGCAGAGUCUGACAGUUUUGUAAAUAGAUUAAGGGGAAAGCUCUGAAAGCAAGUAAUUUCAUGUAUUUCUUAUGAUUUUUAUUAGGGAGAGUGAGCAUAAGGUAAAAUGUAUGGUUCCCUCACCUCUUCAUGCUGUCUUGCUAAAUGGAUAGAUUUUAUUAUUAGAAUAAAAUGAUUGAGACGAGAGCAGUGAAUUUGACUGCUGGAGCUCUCCUGUUAGACGAACAUUAAAAUUGGCCUACUUCAUCACUUGUGAAUUUUAACUGAAUAAUAUAUUAACCAUAUUUACCAUAAAGUAAUUUUAAUCCUUCAAAGACUGAAUUUCUCCAAAAUAGUAUACAAUAAUUCAGUUUGUACCUCACAUGGAACACAUCUCCACUACAAUGUCAAAUAGUUACUGCUGUUUAGGGAAACAAUUGAUAUGUACUGUGAGAACUACUUGGAUCACACAAAUCCAUACUGUGUGUAGAAUGCUGUGUUCUAGUAUGUUAAAGCAGGCAGUGCAUAUAAAACCACUGGGCUUUAGAGCGUUAAUAUAGUGAACUUGUACGUGUGCAAGUGGUAAGUUCAGUGUGCUCGACAGCAGAUCACUUUUUCAGACCGCAUACUGAAUUGGGAUUAUAUGACAUUCUGGGGUUAACUGCAGUUCAUUUACUGUGAAGUAGUAGAUGUGAUACAAUGUGGAAAAUUGAUUUGUCCUAUGGUAGUAAAGGUAUAGGCAUGGCCAUAAGAGAACAGUUGAUGGUCCAUGAAUCUUAACACUGGGAACAACUGAGAACAUCGUGCUUUAAAACCCAUUCAGAAGUUUUUCUUACAGUCUUGUCAAUACAAAGCUUGUAUAUUUCAUUACCUGUCAUAUGAAACAAAGAAAUGUAUGUUUUAUGUGUAAGAUGGUCUGUGUAUGACAGUUAAGAGAUGGUGUGAUGCAGCUCCUUGUCAGUAUUAUACUCAGUAGUAGAUGCCUUCACAUUCAUUAAAGAGGUGACUAUCCCUGUACAAAUACAAGGUCUGAUCAAACAGUAUUGAAACUGAGUUCAUAUCUUGGAUAAAUUGCACUGUAUAGGGAGAUGGCUGUGAAUAAUGUGUCUAUACAUGUUGCAGCAUGUACAGGUGUUUAGUUGGUGGUUAUUUGGAUUAUGUCACUGUGUAGUUUUGUAGGUGGUUGUAAAUGUUUUGGAGGAAUAUUCUGCUUCCAUCUUCAUCUUCACCUUCACCUACUCCCUGAAGAUGCAGGUAUCGGAUUCCUUCAAAAUGGAAAGCAACUAAAAUAAAAAUGUCUUGUAUAGUAA